UCGUGAAACUUGAAUGCAGCGAAUUACAUUUGGAGUAGUAAAACGGCUUAGGUAAAUAUGCCGUGAAAACUAAUCGCUGGGCAUUUUCAGCUGCUACUGUCUGGGUGUACAUCGUCAGCGGGGGAAGACUCCUUCCAUGUCUCUCACACGUCCGCCGGGGAGAGCUCAGCAACAUGGCAACUUCUGCCCUGACGCUCCCAGAGAUUCAGCGACGGAUAGAUGAAGUCACUCGCUUUCUCUCUAUAGCUCUAAAUAUCGCCAACGCGCACACUGUCGAGUUUUACACGCACGACGUGUGGAGGCAGCUCGUGGCCGUGCCGCCACAGGAGGUCCUGUCAGCCUUCAGUUCAUGUGCUGGCCACAAGGGGGAGCCAGAGCCCAGUGGAGACGCAGAGCGAUCCAAGACCACAUUUGGGUUUUGUGAUGAUACAAAGCGGUUGGUGGAUACCCCUAAACUGUUGCAGGUGGCCAAGGCCCACUCUCUCCCCGGCCUUGGAGUGUGUGCGAGCAGGGAUGAGCUACUGCGGUCCCUCAGAGAACACGAGCCUGCCUCGCCACCCGCCGAGGAAGGUGCAGGUCUGGUGCCAGAUGAAUUUAUGAAUUCUAAGAAGUCCCACGAGGUCCAGUCCAUGUCUGAGGUGGUGGCCUGUCUGGCCCAGCACUGCGGAGUCAAACAGGUGAUAGAUGUGGGCUCAGGGAAGGGCUACCUGUGCUCCUUCCUGUCCUUGCAAUAUGACCUGCAGGUCUACGGCAUUGACUCCUCCAUUACAAACACUCACGGAGCCCAAGAGAGGAACCGGAAGCUCAAGAAGUUCUCCAGGUCGUACCAGAAACACAAGGUGGCGAGGGAGAGAACAACCACCGAUUCAGCUCAGGAUGAGUUAUUGGGAAUAAAUGGAGCAGAUGACAUUUUACAUGCUGCUGGAGAGGAAGCAGUAUCACCAAGGGAGGAGGCGGUGCCAGUCAAUUUGUCAAAGGUAAAUCCUAUAGUGGAUAAGAGUUCCGACCCAGAAACAGAGGAGCUGUUCCUCAGCGCCCUGUCAGUGGAUGCAGUCGAGACCCCUGCUCCCAGAGUUCCCCCCAGCCAGCUGAGUGUUGAGGAACGAGAGAGGAGGAAGAGGGAGAACCUGGAGAGGAAGGCCCAGAAUAGACCCAGCAGCGACCACAGCCUGUUUUCACCUCUUACGUCUUACGUUACCGCGGAGACGGAGCUCCGGGAGCUCAUCAACGAGCUAGAGGAUGCGGUCUUGGUCGGCCUGCACACGUGUGGCGACUUGGCUCCCAGCACCCUGAGGAUGUUUGUGGCUAAAGGAGAGCUGACCUCAGUCUGCAGUGUGGGCUGCUGCUAUCACCUGCUGACUGAGGAGUGCGACCCCGCCAGACAGGAGUCUGCGCACGGUGUGUGUGGUUUCCCCAUGAGUCAGUACCUCAGGGACCAGUCCUGGUUCUGUGGUAGAAACGCCAGGAUGUCGGCGUGCUUGGCACUGGAGAGAGUUUCACUUGGCCAAGGGAUUCAGAUGGAGUCCCUGUUCUAUCGGGCAGUCCUUCAUGUUAUUUUAAGGGACCACUACAGUUCUUUUAAAAGUGAAAAGCGAGUGGGGAAUGUCUACUCCAAGGCUAAAUCAUUUGUGGACUACGUUCGCCGAGCGCUGCGCAGACUGGAUCUGGAUGAAUCAAAGCUUCCUGACAGUGUCAUCCAGGAUUACCAUGACACAUACAGAGCACGAGUGGAUGAAAUGUUUGCCUUUAAUAUGUUGAAGGUUACGCUGGCUCCCUGUAUUGAAGGUCUGAUUCUCCUCGAUCGCCUCUGCUACCUGAAAGAACAGGAAGCCGUUUCAUUCUCUGCGCUGGUCCAACUCUUUGAUCCUCUGCUGUCACCAAGAUGCUAUGCUGUCGUUGGGAUGAAAAGUCUGAGCUAUAAGACACAACUUCAGUCUAAUUAACCUAUAUGCAUAUCAAUACACUGCACUGAUUGAGUAGCUAUGAUUACAGACGGUCAUAAUUCAAUUCAUACAUUGUCAGUGAAUGUCUUUCACUCUGUCAAUUCAUUUUUAUUACAUGCCUGAAGAGUUUUAAAAUUUAUUUAUGCAAUUCCUGUCUCACAUCACAUUUUUGACAACAUUUUUCUAUGUUUUGUUUUCUAUUCUUUACUGUACCUGAUAUUGAAUAAAUGUUAAAUUGCAA